AUGGAUCAACAGCAAAGAGCAACUGUUGCAUUUCCUCCACCUUUAGAAGAAUACAAACAGUUCACUAAGGAUGGAGAAAAUCCUAUUCAGCCUCCAGAAAUUCCAGAUACACCAUUUUCUGUUUUUAAUAAACCACAAAAUGAUGAUGAUGUUCCAUCUUUAGAGUCCCAAGGAAUUCCAGUACUCUAUGAUCCAUCCGAACCACCACUUUUAGAGCUAAAGAAGAUCAAUCACCAAAUUCUUUUCACAAUUCAAGAUUUAUUCCAAACUUUAGCUGGCGGCAACGAAAACCCAGACAAAACUCUCGAUCAGAUGAAGUAUCUAUUCAUGAAUGCCCACUAUUUACUUCAUAAACUAAGAACUGUUCAGGCUUAUGAACAUAUGCACCAUUGUUUACGCGAGAAAAAGCGCCAAUUAGAUUUAUUCCAGAAAAGGUUCGAUGACCAGCUUGCAAUGGUAGUUCAGCUUAAGCCUCCGUGA